AUGGCUUCAGAAGACACGAUCUAUACCCCUAUCUCCGAGGAGUCGACCUCUCGCGAGACCUGCACAAAGAACAACCCAUGGGGCGCACCCCUUGUCCAGGCAGCACGCUUCCAAUCCCCGUCCACCCCCUCCUCUUCUGCGUCCAGCAGCAGCCUCACGCUCGACGAGGACGACGUCGACGCUACACCAUGCAAGGCCAUCUCCCACUCCGAAUGGCUGCAACAGUUCGCCGAGCAGGCGCGCCGCGCCCACAUGCGCAACAUCUCACGGCCCUCAUUCAACCUCGACGCCUCACCCUUCGUGCCCACCGCCUUCCGCCCAUUGGACCUCGACGACGACGACGCCUAUCCCGACUAUGACGUCUCGUAUGAGGUGCCCGAGCGUGGCCUCUUGCAGGUCAAGCAGCCCUGGCUUAGCGCGUUCCGCCGCGGGUGCGUCACUGUUGACCCCAAGGCGCGCCUCAUCCACGCGCAGAACGUUGUCGCCUUCGGUACGUGGGACAUAGACUCCCUCGCGGAGCUCGCCAACAAGGUCGUCGACCGCGUCUCGGAGGCGUACGACGAGGAGCUUGGUGUCCUCGCGCCGUUCGCGCGCGACCUCGCCGACUACCUCGCAGCGGAUGUAGGGCAAGCUGUGGCGGAGCAGUUCAAGGACCUUCUGCGUGAGUGCAUCCUCACCGAGUUCGCUGUAUGGUGGCACAUGGACUUCCCUACCUCCGUGGCCACGCUCCGCUACGAGUUCUUUCGGGACGCCUACCGGCUGUUCGACAUCGCCUUCGCCGUCGCGUCCUUCGUCGGCGACGCCUUUGCGCACGCGCUUCUCCCCGCACGCGCCGUGCACCACUGCCUUGCCCUCCUUGUCCGCAAGCUCUCUAUCAUCGAGCAGGUCCAGGCGGUCCACGCGAUCGUCUCGCACGCGGAUGCACGCCUCUAUGAUGGGCGCACCCUGCUGCUGCUCAUUAGCGUGUUCAAGUUCCGCGCGGAGCGCGUGCCCGGCGGGACGAGUGUGCUCGGGGAGCCGUUCUGGGAGGAGGACGUGCGCGUGUUUGUGAAGGAGAUCGACGCGCUUGUUGAUGGAUGGGUGAAGGCUGGUCCUUCCUCGAAGAACGACGCAGAGCGUGCCCCUGGCGCCUUCCCCGCGCCCGGACCAUCCCAGGAAGCUCCAGACCCCUCUGACGAAGUGAUACCCACCCACACACCGACAAAGAAAACUCGGCCAGCACCGCUCUCAUAUAGCGACGUCGUCAAGAAGCGGAAGAAGACGUAG